CCUGAAAAGCCUCAGGCCGGUUCCUCAUGACAUCACAUGGUUGCAGAAUGACUUGUUCAGCAUUCGUCUGUGAGGCAAGACUUCCUAAAGUCAGAGCGCGCUCACUGCUCUGUUCAUGCUGAGACGGAUAAAGGCUUCAGCUUCUUGUGCCUAUUUUUUGAAAGGAAACUGCAGCCAGUUUGGAGUUAUCUCAUCAUCUGAUGUUGCUUCCUGCCUCCGUCGUCAUGGCGACUGCGAGGGCCCCAGAGGACUGGAUGCGGGGCCAGUGAGGAGGAUUCCACUCCUGAGUGUUAAAGAGGUGUUUACCACACACGGCAUCCUGUAGAAGAAUCCCGGCUAUGGAGGAGGAGGAGGAGGGGAGGGUGAACGGAUUUGGACUGAGCCCAGCGAGGAGGAGAACCGAGUGGGGUCGCAUCACUCUGCUGGACAAGACCAAGGAGUUCUUCCAGACCUGUGAUGUGGAGGGGAAGGGCUUCAUCACCCGCACUGAUAUGAGGCGGCUCCACAGAGAGCUGCCUCUGUCUGCAGAGGAGCUGGAGGAUGUGUUUGACUCUCUGGACACAGACCGCAACAGUUACCUCACACUGGAGGCAUUCUCCUCUGGAUUCAGUCAGUUCCUGCAUGGACGGAGAAUCUCUGUGACUGACGACCAAAAUCAGGGCCAGGUGGGCCCCGUCUUUAGGGCGAAGGAAGCCCUUUACCAGAGCCAAUGGGAAGCCAAGCUGUCAGGAGUUGAAGAUGACGAGGAGCGGCACUUUUGCAUGCUGCUGGAGAGCCUGGGAGCCAGUAAUGUGUUUGAGGAUCCGGGUGAGGUUCGCAGCCUCUGGGCCCAGCUCAGGCGAGACGAGCCUCACCUCUUGUGUAAUUUUGAGGAGUUUCUGGCCAGAGUGACCCACCAAAUCAAAGAAGCCCACCAGGAAAAGAAGGAGAUGGAGAGCGCCCUCCAGAGGAAGGCUGCAACACAUGACAGCGAGAUCCGACAUUUGUACGAAGAAAUGGAGGCACAGAUCAAAAAUGAGAAAGACCGACUGCUCCUGAAGGACUCUGAGCGCCUUCAGCUGCGCAGCCAGGACCUGGAACACCAGCUGGUUUCAAAGGAGAAAGAGCUGGAAAAGCUUUUCCAGAAACAGAAACGGUUAGAGCUCCAGUGCCACGAGCUGAGCAGCGAGAAGCAGGAGAGCCACGUUGAGAACGUCAAGCUGAAAAUGACCAACGACGAGCUGUCCAGGGCGCUGGAGAGCACCAGUCAGGAGCUGGCGCUGGCUCAGGAGCAGCUGGCCAUGCUGCAGGAGCAGGCCGCCCGGCUGCACCAGGAGAAAGAGAUGGAAAUGUACAGAGUAACUGAGGGGCUGCAGAGGGAGAAGCAGAGUCUAAUGAAGCAGCUCGACCUCCUCAGAGAGAUGAACAAACAUUUAAAGGAUGAGCGAGACAUAUGCUGCGGUGUUCCUCGAACCUCACUCAGAAAGAAGCAGAAGCAGAGAGCAGGCCUUGCCAACAUAUUUGAUGACGCCAGCCAACCGGCAAAAAGAGCCCCACUGUUGGUGGAUGGGUCCUACCAGUCUCUGGAGGCCUUGCCUAUAGAGCACCUUCAAAUCGUGUUUGUUGCUUCCUCCUCCUGCAGUGAAGAUGACACCAGCACCACCACUAUCCCUCCAUCCUCCAACACGACUACCAGCCCCGCUGCAUGCCAACAGCGCCCCUCGGUGAAGAAGAACUCCGGUUUAGCUAACGGUUAUGCUCAACCCAGAAUGCACGAUGUGAAGGCGAAGUCCAAAGAGGCGUCCGGCAAAAUGGCCGCCACCAAAAGGGUGAUGGGUAAAGAGAGAGAGAGGUCAAGAAAAGUGGAAAUUGAGAAGAAAGCAGGGGUAGAAGAGGAGGUGUUGGACGCCCCGCCAGAUGGGUGGCCUCUCCGGCGAGUCAUCUCCAUCGAGGAGGACCACCUGCCCCACCUGCUCCAAGGUGGAACCCAACUCUUGCUCCACCAGCUCAGUGAGGAGGAGGACGAUGAGGAAGAAGAGGAAGAAGUGCAGAGUGACAUUGAAUCUGGUGUCGUGGCCACAGAUCUUUCUGCUACACCUCCUUCCAGUCAGAUCCCAGCGUCAAAAGAAGCUUCUCCUGCGAGGAAAUCCUGCUUUACAGGAACAAAGAAGACACCGGCGUUUCCAAGAGGACAACCUGUCGGGAAGGAGGCCCAGCAAAAGGCCAAAGAAGGAGCUCUGUUUGCCCCAGAUCGCCUCUUUAAGGUGGUGCUGGUUGGAAACUCCAGCGUAGGAAAGACGUCCCUGCUGCGCUCCUUCUGUGAGGGCCGUUUCCACCCUUCCACUACUGCCACUGUGGGUAUUGACUACAGUGUGAAAACCCUAACCCUGGACAACAUGCAGGUAGCCAUGCAGCUUUGGGACACUGCAGGUCAAGAGAGGUACCGCAGCAUUACCAAGCAGUUCUUUCGUAAGGCAGACGGUGUGGUGGUGAUGUACGACGUCACGGUGGAGGAAAGCUUCAAGGCCGUGCAACCGUGGCUCACCAAUGUCCAGGAAGCAGCAGGUGAAGGAAUCCCUAUUCUCCUGCUGGGCAACAAAAUGGACAUGGGUGGAGACAGGGAGGUGUCAUUUAAAGAUGCCGAGCAGCUGGCUUAUGACAACAAGGUGAUGUUCUUUGAGGUCAGCGCCUACACAGGCAAGAAUGUGACGCAGUCGCUGACACACCUGGCCAGAGUGCUAAUGGAGCAGGAGGACAGAGUUCGAGACACAACAGUCAUCCUCAGUGCUCAGCCUGUAAAGAAAAAAGCCUGCUGCAAGUGAGCACACCCAGAAAAAACAGCUAAGAUCCACCUAUAUACUCAAUUUACUGAGUUCUGUCCAUUUUGGGCAGUGGACAUUUACAGUUUUUGUGGUGACCUGAUGGCGGAAUGGUUGGGGCCAGUACUACAUGGGUGCUAAUGCCCUCAACGAUGACUCCUUGAUUUGAAUCCUUGCCAUCCAGAUUAUUCGCUGCAUCUUCCCCCUGCUAUCUUCCCUCGAUUUUUUUUUUUUUCUCCCCCCCCAGUCGUUCUCUACCGUCUUUGCCAAUACAUGCACAAAAAUGUCCAAAACAAGCACUUCGGGAACAAAAAUUGCAUUUGGGCUGAUGUAAAAGCCUCAUUUUGAAUGUGUGCCUUGUAACAAGCAGUCCUAUGCUGAAGUCAGCAUGGAGGUCUGUAUUGCCUACGUGAACAAACUGCUGUCAGGCUUAAGUAAUGAAGCUCAGAGGAGCCUGCCUGCAGUAAAACCUAAGAGCUGCAUCUUUCCCUGUAUAUAAUGCUGUGUUUCCAAAUCGCAGUACUAUACUACUGUCUAUAAGAUUAAAGAUAUUCUGCAUUGUAAUUAGUUCAGUUAAAAAACCUUCACUUGAGAGAAGAAUCAUCAAAGUACUGUAGCUUUUCCACAACUGAAUGUUAGACUGCAAAUCUUAACUCCUCUGCAGUUCUCUGGGGUGGAUUACUGUUUGUUACGUCGCAAAAAUAGUAGUAGUUUCAAAUGAAAAUCAUUGAAAAUGAAAACUCUGACUUGAUUCUUUGACAUUUUAUUCAUCUUCACGUUCAACUUUUUUUUUUAUAUUCUUUGAUCAUCUCAUCUCCAAUACACGCGUUACAUGACAUAUUGCAUCUGUGUUUGUUACUGUUCUGAGGCAUUGUUCUGUUUUUGUUCUGGCACCAGUUGUUCUGAGUCAUCAUCACUUAAAAGAAAUAAAUUACAUUUCACAUC